AUGAGAAAGCUCCUCUCAUUGCUGAGUUUCCUUGUGGGCUUGGCGUUUUGCCAAAAACGGCUGGUGAGAAUCAACUGUGCUCCGGAGCCGAAUUCCAAUCAGAAGAUGUGUAUUUCUCGAGGUUGCAUCUGGAGUGCUCCAAUUGAUCCGGUAAUUCUAUUUUUUAUUGAAAGGAAUAACAGUCUACUAAAUUUUUUAAAACUUUAUAUUUUUUGCUUAUCAUAGUCGUUAUAAUUUGAAUAUGUGAGGUUAUAUAAUAUAAUUCUCCCGAGAAGAGAUGAAAAAAAUUCAAAAAGGUUCAACUUCAACUCACAGUAUCGUGAAUAAAAGAGAAAGACUCAAAGUUGCAGAAAAAUAGGUUUUCUGAUUCUGCUUAUAUAUCUUUUUUUCAGCCACAUAGAUAAAUAGCUCAUCCUUAUCACCAGGAAAAACAAACUAUUCAUCAAAAAAAAAUUUGGGUUAUCGUUAUUGUUUUACUACUUUUCCAAGUGAGAUUCUUCAUUUUCGAAUCAGUCAGACGAGUACGAGCCGUGGUGCUACUUCCCUCCAGGCGUCGGCUACACCUUCGACAGCUCCAAAACAGCGAACACCGUCGUUUUGAAGAAGAACAAGGGGAUUUCAAAUCCAUGGGGAGCCGAUUUCCCUCAAAUCGUCCUCACAACCAAGUCCUUGGGAUCGACCCUGAACGUUAAAAUAGCCGCGCCGACAGCCAGAUUCGAGCCGCCUGUGGAUCUCCCGAUGGGAUCCUCGCAGUCCACGGAAUCUCUUCUUUUCAAGGAAAACCGCACCUCUGACCCCUACUUUUUCCAAAUUGUGAGGUCAUCCACGCAACAAGUUCUUUUUGACACCAGCCUUGGUCAGUUUUUUCGAAUGCUUUUUUCAGUCAUUUAUAUUGCUCCUCCUAUAAAUCGAAGUUUCCAGGAGGUUUAAUAUUUUCUGACCAAUUUCUGCAAAUCGCCACCUUUUUGCCUAGCGAAAGCAUGUACGGCUGGGGAGAAAACACACAUCAAUCUCUGAAGGUUUUGAAAUAAAGAAGAAACUGGUGAAUGGAGGUUUUAGCACAACUUUUUCGAGAUACACAACGUGGGACAUGUUGACCAGAGACGAGCCGCCGGACUCGGCAAAUCUCGACACGAAAAACCUUUACGGUAGGUCAGGUUCAUUUCAAAUUUACGGCCAGGAAUAAACAAAUGGUAGAGUUCGCUGGUUCUUGGCAGUGUUUAUUAAAGUUUCAUGUUGGAAGUUUAUAGUUUCAAAUUCCAAUUUAUUCAGGAGUACACCCUUACAAUAUGGUUGUCGAAGAAGACGGAAAAGCCCACGGCGUUCUUAUCCUCAACAGCAAUGCUCAGGUUCAUCUUCACAUAUGUCUACUUCACAUUGUCCGCCACUUCUUUAAUUUCCACUUUGUAUGAAAGAAAAUUUGUGGCAGUGGUUUAUUUAUGUUCAUGAUGUUGAUGGUCUUCAUUCUGCUCGGGCAAAGUCGGAAUGGCGGAUAUUGGCCGCAAAGGGAGAGGCUCAAAAAAGGCCACAUAAAACCUUUAUUUAUGAUAAAGGCAGAAAAAGAGUCCUUGAAAUGAAGCAAAAAGGCAGAUAAAAGGAGCCUUUGUCAGCCUAAACAUUCCUAUAGAGCCUUGUCCGACUUUCCCUGUGUGUUAUAGUACACAUAUGAUAUGUCAGAAAAAUACACUUUAAAAAAAAAGAAAAUUUUUUCGCACUCUUUUUGAUACUUGUUUUGAUUGUGUUCAAGGCCUGUCCAUGCUGUUUAUCCUGCAUGAAAUUGUGAAAAUUGAGAAUUUUCAAUAAACGUCAAAUAAUUUGAAAACUUCAGGAAGUAACUACUGCCCCAGGACCAGCCUGGAUCUACCGAACUAUCGGCGGCGUUUUAGAUAUUUAUUUCUUUCCAGGACCAACUCCUGAACAAGUUUUUAUUAUUACUUUAUCUCCAAUAUUGUCUCGAAUUGUUCUAUUAGGUAACCCAGCAAUACUUGGCUCUCAUCGGGAAACCUUUCCUACCUGCUUAUUGGGCUCUAGGCUACCAGGUGUGUAGGUUCAAAAAGAAAAAGAACAUUCUGAAUCUAUAGCUUUCUCGAUAUGGAUAUAAGAACUUGGACGAGAUGAAGGCGAGGAUAGAUGGUGUUCGAAAAGACAACAUUCCUAUUGAUAUUGGUGAGUUCUCAAAUGAUUUUUUGAUUUUCAAAGUUGGAGCUCAGCCGUUGCUGACAUUGACUACAUGGAUCGCUACAAGGACUUCACCACUGGAACUGUAAAACCGAUCCUUGAGCCUCGAUUUCAUUUUCGUUCUUUUUGAGGGCUGGGAGAACUUUCCCGCUUACAUAAAACAGCUGCACGACUGGAAAAUGCGGCUGAUUCUCAUUUUUGAUCCCGCCAUAGACGUCACUUAUCCGAGUUUUCAGAGAGCUAUGAACGCGGUUCGUUUUGAGUUGUUUUUUCUGUCAUGAACAGAUUUGAUUUUCUCCAAACAAGUGAAAAUUUGUAUUUACAACUUUUUCCUCCACUUCUGAUAUGAGAACGAUUUUAAUGAAAAACGAUAAAAAUCAUAUUUGAAAUUAAGUUUUGAAAGUUAUCAAUAGAUGGAAGAAAUCGCAAUUAGCUGUAUUAUUAUCAACCGAAUACGAACAUGAACCCUGGAAGCAUAUACGAGAAAUGAAAGCUUGAAUUAUAAUGGACCUGCGACAAAAUGGAACCCGUUGGUGGCUCCUGGCGCAAGAUUCUUGAUCAUUGUAAUUUUUUGAAUUUAGUUUUUGAAUUAAACUUUGGAUUUUUACCUUGAAUCAGACUGCAACCGCAACAGUUUUAGUUGUCCUCAUUUUACCAUAAUAAUUCAAGUUAUCGCUUCUCAGUUUCGAUUUAAUAGAAAAAGGUCGUUAAAAUUUUCAGGGUGCCAGAUUUAUCGAAUGGGAAACGAUGCAGGAAGUUCAGCGUAACAUCCAAGACAUGGUUUUUUCCAUUUUGUUCCCCGAUAAUCAAAUAAUCAGUUAAUCAGUAUCCUACUGUGAAAAACACGAAGAUCAUGCUCGGCGUAGUGUGGCCGGACAACCACGUCGCUUUUCCCGAUUUCCUCGAUUCCACCGGGAAAACUCAGAAGUGGUGGGCCGACGAGUUCACCAAGUUUAGAUCUCAGGUUUUUCGAAAACGAAAAGAUAGGCGAAAAAAAAAUGCUUAGAUUGAAUUUGACGGCAUUUGGAUUGAUAUGAACGAACCGUCGAACUUCGGAACCAACGACCCUCAUCCUUUCUAUUUCGACAUGCCGGAUCAUCCAAAUAUUUCCGUUUUGACUUGCCAACUCAACAAUUCUUGGGACACUCCGCCUUAUCCGACUUACAGUGUUUGGCGCUAUGGAAAGGUUCUUUCAGUAGUAAUUUUGAGAGAGCUUUAAAAUUCUUGGGAUUUUUGGCAGUUAGGAAAGAGCUGAGUUUCCGGAAACCGAAUUUAAAAAAUUUUGAAAUUCUUUUCGUCUGAGCUUUCACCAAGUCUUCAAUUUCAUUUCCUUCGGAAUUUCAAAAAUUUUUUUCUGAAACUGGCGGAAAAAAAUUUACUGAAUAAGAAGAAGAUUUUUAAAUAAAUCUCAAAUUCUUUCUAUUUUUUUAAAAAAAAUAUCUUUCAAAUUUUGUCAUUAUGUUGUGGUCUGAAAAGUUAAGAUGCUUUUUUUCUAAUAGAAAAAAAGAAUUUUUCUAAAGAUUAGGAACUCCAAGGUGUUCUGUUUCUUUGAUAAAUCAAGAAGCUUUUCGGCAAAGAUUCGGUAAAUCUCAAACUAACUCAAAAAUCGAAAUUGAAUAAAUUACCUUUCCGUUCAAUUUUAUACUAGAAAAAAUCAGGAAUCGUCGCUUGCCACGAAAACUUUGUGCAUGAAGGCGGUCCAAGACAAUAACAAGCUCCGAUUUUACAACACCAAGAAUUUAUACGGUCUUUAAGAAACAUUACCGUGACACGUUCUUUUUCUUCAGGUUGGAGUGAAGCCAAAGCUACUCUCAGUGCUCUCUACCAGGCGACUGGAAAACGAGGAGCCGUUGUUUCCAGGUAGGGCUGCUAUUUUUUCCAUUUCAAUCGUUUUGAAAAUACGAACUUUACUAAUUUCUCAACUUUGGAUUUCAGAUCAACGUUUCCCUCAGCCGGAAGGUACACAGGCCACUGGCUCGGCGACAACACGGCUCGGUGGCAAGAUCUCCGGACCUCCAUCAUCGGAGCCCAGGAGUUCAACCUCUUCGGAAUACCGUUUGUUGAUUAUUAAUCUGUUUGACUUUAAUUUUCCUCUAGUUACGUCGGUUCGGAUGUCUGCGGAUUCGGCGCCACGACAAACGACGAAUUAUGCCUUCGUUGGCAGCAAAUGGGAGCAUUCCACUCUUUCUUCAGGUAACAAUACUUCAUUUUGAAGUUUCUGAAGAGAUUAUAGAACAAGAUUCCAUUUUGAAUUGGAAGAAUAUAGAAACGAAAGAAAGGAGGGAAUAAAAAAUGAAGCGAAAAAAACUUCGAAAAACAAAUCAGGAAUAAAAUUAAUGAGUUUAGAUUACAAUCAGAUAAAGAUUCCAAAACUUUACUAUUGAUAUUUCUGGAGUUUAUGAAAACUAAAAAGAUGGAUACCAGGUAAAUCCAAAUAGUUCAAACAAAAUCUAAACAAAAAUGAAAAAUAAGAAGCUCCGAUUCCCGAAACUACAGAAAUCACAACGACAAGGGCUCUCCGGCAGAAGAUCCAGCCGAAUGGCCGGACGUCGCUGAAGCAACUCGCCAGGCCAACCUUUUCAGAUACCGACAUUUGCCGUAUCUGUACAGGUUUCUGAAAGAAUAGAAAGACCCUAUGGAUACUCUGAAAUCUCAGCCUUCACAUGACGGCUUCCUUGGAAGGCGGCACUGUUUUCCGACCGAUUUUCUUCGAGUUUCCGACGGAUCCACGGGUUCUCGACCUCGGACAUCAGUUCAUGUGGGGACCAGCCAUGCUUGUCGCGCCUGUUGUUCUACCAGUGCAUAUAUUACUUUUGAAAAGUGGACUAUCAUUUUUUCCAAGGACGUGGUCACCAGAACACUCUACCUUCCGUCGGACAUCUGGUACUCCUUGACGAGUUAUAACUACGGCCUGGUGUCGAAAACGGGUGAUGUUCAAGUUCCUGCUCCGAAAACUUCUUUAAUUCCUAUUUAUGUUCGAGGUUCAGAAAGUUUAGAAAACAAUCGAUCAGGAAAAAACUUUUAAGGUGGAUACAUCAUUCCGCGACAGGCGCCCAAUAUGACUCUGAGUGAGUCCAGGAAGAAUCCCUUCGAGUUAUUGAUUGCACUAGGUUUAUUUAUUUUAUUUUUUUUUUAUAUCCGUUCAAACUUGAAAGAAUAGCAGAACAGGAAUUUCAUUCAUAGAUUUCUCGAAAAAGCUGGCCAGGGUAUUUAAAGGAGCAUGAAUGAAGCUAGCGAAGGUCUUGCGGCGUAAAGCCGUUUUUUUGAGCUCCCUCAAUCUUUUGUACAUUGGAAAACGUUUUCAUUUUUUUUUAUAAUUAUAAAAUUGCAGACGGAAACCAACGAGCAAACGGAGUCUUUUACUGGGACGACGGCGAGUCUCUGUUCACGGAAACCGGCUUCCACAAAUUCGAAUUCUCCUUCUCUCACGAAGUCGUCAGCUCCAAACUGACCAUUUUACACAAGAAAAAUGUGGCAGACUGACGGAAUUUUGAGUAAAGAAGUUCUUUUUUCAGACAACGGUAGACAUGCCCACCUUGGACGUACUCGAGAUUUUCAACUACCCUAGUACUCCAGAUUUGAGUUCUUUCCGCGUCGGAGGCCUCGCCGUCGAUAUGAACAGAGCUCAGAUCAACUACGACGUCGCUGCUCAUGUAUGAACAUUUCUUUGAACUUCUCAUGGCGAAAAAAGUAGUUAACUGGAGUUUAACAAAGAACAGCUCUUUCCGUCAGAAGUAAAUUAGUCAUUCAGAGUUUUCAGACUUUUUUGACUUGGUUUCCGUUUCUUGAAUAUCCUAUUGAAAAAGGAAGGUCCAGACUUAACCAUCUUGAAAAAGUUUCCGGGGAAACGCCAAACAUGGUUUUUUUACAGAUCUUGACCAUUUCAAAGCCAGGACUCGUCAAUCUGGCCACUACCCGGUGA